AGACUGCACUGUACUUGAAGGCAACUUGUUGUCCGCGAUUUUAGGUUGAGUGAUUGAUUACUGCUGUUGCUGGGAAUGUUAUCGUCUAGACCAUUUGUUCCGAAAACGUCUACUAUAACAUCAGAAUAUACGAUUACAAAUAAUGUGCUUGGCUUAGGAAUCACAGGAAAGGUGAUGCAAUGUGUUCAUAACGAGACAGGAGUCCAGUAUGCUUUAAAGAUACUUGAGGACAAUCAAAAGUCAAGAAGAGAGGCUGAAAUUCAUUGGAGAGUCUCAGACUGUCCUCAUAUCGUGAAGGUCGUAGACGUGUUUGAAAACACAAACCAGAACACUAAAAAGAAUUACCUUUUGAUAGUAAUGGAAUAUAUGAGGGGUGGUGAACUAUUUAAUAAAAUUAAAAAAUAUGAAAAUUUUACGGAAAGCGAAGCUGCAAAAAUAGUGUAUCAAAUAUCCUCUGCAAUUGCUUAUCUUCAUGAAAGAAAUAUAGCACACCGUGACCUUAAACCGGAAAAUUUGCUUUACACGUCUAACGAGAAUGGUGCCAUCCUAAAACUUACGGACUUUGGGUUUGCGAAAGAAGUCGUCACUAAAAAGUCUCUUCAAACACCAUGUUACACUCCUUAUUAUGUCCCACCAGAGAUCCUUAAUUUUGAACGAUAUGACAAGUCCUGUGACAUCUGGUCCCUAGGGAUAAUAACCUAUAUUUUGCUCUCAGGUUGUCCGCCAUUUUUUAGUCAGAAUGGCCAACCCAUAUCUCCUGGUAUGAAAUCAAAGAUUCGAGCUGGAAAGUACGACUUCCCCGAUGCACAAUGGAAGUACGUUUCAAAAAGUGGUAGCUAAAGAUCUAAUCAAAAGCCUAUUACUCACAGAGCCAGAUCGUAGACCUACAAUCAGAGAAGUGAUGAACAACCAUUGGGUGGCUCAGUAUAAUGAUGUGCCUAACACACCUCUUGGAACUAGUAUGUUUUUCACUACAAAAGCAUGGGAUCAAUUUCGAGAGAUGUUUCGUGAAAGUCUUCAGACAAAGCGUAAAGAACACUCCAAUGUCCCUACUUUGAUGACUUUAGAUGCUUCCAAAAAUCCCUUAUUAAUUAAACGUAAAAUCAAUCAAAAAUCUAAUCCUGAAAAUAAUUCUCAUAAAGUGCUAUAAUAGUCGGUAUCAUCACCAACAAAAAUUUUGUUAAUAAUAUUAUUUCGAUUAUUGUUUCUUUUCAGUUAAUCACAUAAUUGUUAACUUUUUCUUGACUUACGUGUAUUUUUGUAUUCAUACUGAUGAUAAAUUAUACUUAAUUUUGUAUACACAAUUUCUAAAACCGUAUAUGUAUAACAUUAUAUAAUAGUACUUUGUAAAGGUAAUAUUCUUCACUGCUGAGCUGCUUUGCUCAUUACUUCAAAGCAUGAAGUCAAUUCUCUCGUUGUACAAAAAUGGAACAUAUACAUAUAAAUAUGCCUUUUAGAAUGUAUUUUAUGUAUGUAAUGCCAAUAUUCAUAAUAAGUAAAUAGAUAAUGACGUUUGUUUUUAA